AUGAGGGGCCUGGAAUUCGAGACUGAGGUCCGACUGGCGUCUCAAGUGACAGGAACGCCAACUCUCAACCCGCCGUCCCGCAGGAUUGCAAUGAGUCUGAGAUGGUGGCCUCCAGGGGAUCCAAUCGAGAACAUUCUUCUUCAGUCGUGCGCUAACUCAGGAAGGGAAAGGCCCUCCGAGGCUCGAGACUGGAACGCCAACAGUGCCAAGGGGAAGAGGGCGACAGUACGUAAGGAAGAUGCGUCCUUCCCCAGCGAGACAAUGUACAAAAAAUGCCGAACAAAAGGAUUCAGCGGAUGA